GCGCGCCCUCCGGCCUCCCACCCUCCAGUCCUUCCGCGGGUGAUCAGCUGGUCUGCGCUCCCCUUACGUGGGUCGGGGCACGUCACCGCCGAAUGGCAGCCUCCAGAAAGGCACCGCGAGUAAGGGCGAGUCACCGGGAUUUUCAGCUGAAAAAUUUGAGAAUAAUUGAACCUAACGAGGUGCUAUACUCAGGAGACCCAGGUGUGGAAACAGACGGCAGAAUGCCUCCAAAGGUAACUUCAGAGCUGCUUCGGCAGCUGAGACAAGCCAUGAAGAACUUGGAGUAUGUGACAGAACCGAUCCAGGCCUACAUCAUCCCGUCGGGGGAUGCCCAUCAGAGUGAGUACAUUGCUCCUUGUGACUGUCGGCGGGCCUUCGUCUCUGGAUUCGAUGGCUCUGCAGGCACAGCCAUCAUCACAGAAGAGCAUGCAGCCAUGUGGACCGACGGGCGCUACUUUCUCCAGGCUGCCAAGCAGAUGGACAGCAACUGGACGCUUAUGAAGAUGGUUCGUCCCUCCGUAGGUCUGAAAGACACACCAACCCAGGAAGACUGGCUGGUGAGUGUACUUCCUGAAGGAUCCAAGGUUGGUGUGGACCCACUGAUCAUUCCUACAGAUUACUGGAAGAAGAUGGCCAAGGUUCUGAGAAGCGCUGGCCACCACCUCAUUCCUGUCAAGGAGAACCUUGUGGACAAGAUCUGGACAGACCGUCCCGAGCGGCCCUGCAAGCCCCUCCUUACUCUGGGUCUGGACUACACAGGUAUUUCCUGGAAGGACAAGGUUGCAGACCUUCGGUUGAAAAUGGCUGAGAGGAACAUCUUGUGGUUUGUGGUCACCGCCCUGGAUGAGAUUGCGUGGCUGUUCAAUCUCCGAGGAUCAGAUGUGGAGCACAAUCCAGUAUUUUUCUCCUACGCAGUCAUAGGACUAGAGACGAUCAUGCUCUUCAUUGACGGUGACCGCAUAGAUGCCCCCAGUGUAAAGGAGCACCUGCUUCUUGACUUGGGGCUGGAAGCUGAAUAUAGAAUCCAGGUGCUUCCCUACAAGUCCAUUCUGAGCGAGCUCAGGGUUCUAUGCACCAACCUCUCCCCGAGGGAGAAGGUGUGGGUCAGCGACAAGGCCAGCUAUGCUGUGAGCGAGGCCAUCCCCAAGGAACAUCGCUGCUGUAUGCCUUACACCCCCAUCUGCAUUGCCAAAGCCGUGAAGAAUUCCGCUGAAUCAGAAGGCAUGAGGCGAGCUCAUAUUAAAGAUGCUGUUGCCCUCUGUGAACUCUUUAACUGGCUGGAGAAAGAGGUGCCCAAGGGUGGCGUGACAGAGAUCUCAGCUGCUGACAAAGCUGAAGAAUUUCGCAGGCAACAGGCUGACUUUGUGGACCUGAGCUUCCCAACGAUUUCCAGUACGGGACCCAACGGCGCCAUCAUUCACUACGCGCCGGUCCCUGAGACGAAUAGGACUUUGUCGCUGGACGAGGUGUACCUCAUUGACUCGGGCGCUCAGUACAAGGAUGGAACUACAGACGUGACCCGGACCAUGCAUUUUGGGACGCCUACAGCUUAUGAGAAGGAAUGUUUCACAUAUGUCCUCAAGGGCCACAUAGCUGUGAGUGCAGCCGUCUUCCCGACUGGAACCAAAGGCCACCUUCUCGACUCUUUUGCCCGUUCAGCACUAUGGGAUUCUGGCCUGGAUUACCUGCACGGAACAGGACAUGGUGUUGGGUCUUUUCUGAAUGUUCACGAGGGUCCUUGUGGCAUCAGUUAUAAAACAUUUUCCGAUGAGCCCUUGGAGGCGGGCAUGAUUGUCACUGAUGAGCCAGGGUAUUAUGAAGAUGGAGCUUUUGGAAUUCGCAUUGAGAAUGUUGUCCUGGUGGUUCCCGUGAAGACCAAGUAUAACUUCAAUAACCGAGGAAGCCUGACCUUUGAACCUCUGACUUUGGUUCCGAUACAGACCAAAAUGAUAGAUGUGGAUUCUCUUACAGACAAAGAGUGCGACUGGCUCAACAACUACCACGUGACCUGCAGGGAUGUGAUCGGAAAGGAGCUGCAGAAACAGGGCCGCCAGGAAGCUCUCGAGUGGCUCAUCAGAGAGACGCAGCCCAUUUCCAAACAGCAUUGAUACCUCCCCGGUUUUCGUUUUUGUAAACGCUCUGGGGAAAGGAAGAAACGUGGCAGACCCCUGACUCCUUUCCCCUUUCCUCUUCUUUCUUACCUCCCCUUUUUACUUUUAGACUCUAAGAACUGAAAAUCUUAUUCUCUUUGAUAUUUUCUUGCAAAUACUUGAUCUUUUUGAGUUUUUUUAAAAUUGUUGAGAACGAGCCAAGAAUAAAAUUGCUGCUCCAAAAGCUGAACACUUCAUCAGGGGAGACGCCCCGAGCAGCCCCCGUGAAUUCUCUGGCUGGCGAUGGUGAAACAGUGAGUGCUAUGUGACAGUCAAGUUCCAGGUGCUAGUACAUCAUUCAUAAUCACCUUAACGCUCAUGAGACUGUAUUUAUGAUCAGUGAAUAAAAUGUCAAAGGUG